UUUUCCGUCCGCAAGAACUGUCAUCGAGAGUGAUUGGUUUCCGUGCACACUUGCGGGGUUCCUCUCCCUGUUUUCGGAGCAUCCAUCACAGCAUUCUUGUGCGUAAGUGGGUUUUUGAGGUUUGAAUUACAGGUGAAGCGGGCGUCUGGAUGACGGACACCGAGAGGCAAUAGAUCCCCCUCUGCAACACCGGUCUCUGCGCCCUUGGAAUAUUCUUACAGAGUAGAAAAUAUUGUCUCAGUUUGCAGUGUCAGUCCAUACGAGUUGUGCCCACUGCAGGGGCUGCUGCGGCUCUCGCAUCUCCUCUGUUUUGAAGCGCGGUUUCCUUGACGGACGGGCGUCUGAGCAUCCCGGACGAGCCCGGAUUUUGCGAUGCCCGAGCAGUGAGAGAGCGUAGCGGGGAUUUCACUUGGUCACCCUUCAAGGUAGCAUGGCUCAAGCCCGGAGGGACUGCAGCGGCUGGGAGAUGUUCCUCCCGACGGGAUGCCUGCUCCUCUCUGUUUUGCUGUUUCACCCUGCUCUGGCCAAGGUGUGCAACGACCGCACCAAACACGGACAGGACAACAGCUGGUUCACCAGGGACGGGGAAAACUUGCCCAUCAUGGUCCUGAUGCCCAUGAACGAGUCGGCCCUGAUGAGCAGCAUCAGCCAGGGAAUCGAACCGGCGGUCCAGCUCGCCAUCCAGCACAUACGGGAGUCCAGGAAGUACUCGUUCUCACUCAUCACCAAGAUCUACGACACCGAGUGUGACAAUGCGAAGGGGCUUCGGGCCUUCUUUGAUGCCAUAUGCUACGGCCCCAAACACCUGAUGAUCUUUGGAGGCGUCUGCCCCUCCGUGACCUCCAUUAUUGCUGAGUCCUUGGAGGGCUGGAAUCUGGUGCAGCUGUCCUUCGCAGCAACAACUCCGGUUCUGGCAGAUAAGAAGAAGUACCCCAAUUUCUUCCGCACCGUCCCGUCAGACAACGCCGUGAACCCCGCAGUGGUGAAGUUUCUCAACUACUACAACUGGAGCCGUGUGGGGACGCUCACGCAGGACGUCCAGAGGUUCUCGGAGGUGAGGAAUGAUCUGACUAAUGAGCUGGAGAAAGCAGACAUCCAGAUUGCAGAUACGGAAAGUUUCUCCAACGAUCCCUGUGUCAAUGUCAAGAAGCUGAAGGACAAUGAUGUGAGAAUCAUCAUCGGGCAGUUUGAUGAGAACUUGGCCUCCAAAGUCUUCUGUUGCGCGUACAAUCUGAACAUGUUUGGCAGUAAAUAUCAGUGGAUUAUCCCUGGCUGGUACCAGGGGAACUGGUGGGAGCAGGCGAACACCACCAACUGCACCACCAGGAAGCUGCUGACGGCCAUGGAGGGAUACAUCAGCGUGGACUUUGAGCCGCUCAGCGCUCGCCAAAUCAAGGGCAUCUCUGGCAGGACUCCUAAGGAGUACGAGCGGGAAUACAGCCGAGAGCUGCAGCAGAAGGGGGUGGAGGCCAGCAAGUUUCACGGCUUCGCUUACGACGGGAUCUGGGUGAUCGCUAAAACCCUGACGAGAGUGAUGGAGCUGCUGCGCAUCAAACAACGGCAGAACAUCUACCACAACUUCACGGUGGACGACCGGGAAGUAGGGAAGAUGGUCCUGGACGUCAUGAACGAAACCAACUUCUUCGGUGUUACGGGUCAAGUCAUGUUUCGUAACGGAGAGAGGAUGGGCACGAUAAAAUUCAACCAGUUUCAAGAGGGCCAAGAGGUGAAGGUGGGCGAGUACAAUGCAAUCGCUGACGUGCUGGAUCUCAUCAACAACUCCAUCAGAUUCCAAGGUGUGGAGCCUCCCAAAGAUCGGACGUUUGUGCGUCUGCAGCGCCGCCACAUCAACGUGCCCCUCUACAGCAUCCUGUCCACCAUCACCAUACUGGGCAUGCUCAUGGCCGGCGCCUUCCUGUUCUUCAACAUCAAGAAUCGGAACCACAGAUUAAUCAAGAUGUCCAGUCCCUACAUGAACAACCUGAUCAUCUUAGGAGGAAUGCUCUCCUAUGCAUCCAUCUUCCUGUUCGGCCUCGAUGGAGGUUUUGUGUCUGAUAAAGAGUUUGAGACCCUCUGCACGGUCCGGACUUGGAUUCUCAUUGUCGGAUACACAACAGCUUUCGGAGCAAUGUUUGCCAAGACCUGGAGGGUGCACGCCAUCUUCAAAAAUGUUAAGAUGAAGAAGAAGAUCAUAAAGGACCAGAAGCUGUUGAUUAUCGUUGGUGGAAUGCUGCUAAUUGACUUGUGCAUCCUCAUCUGCUGGCAGAUUGUGGACCCGCUCAGGAGGACGGUGGAGGAAUACAGCUUGGAGGCAGACCCCCAGGGACGAGACAUCGCCAUCCGUCCCUUCUUGGAGCACUGUGAGAACACACACAUGACCAUUUGGCUGGGCAUCGUCUAUGCUUACAAAGGACUACUGAUGUUGUUCGGGUGUUUCCUGGCUUGGGAGACCAGGAACGUGAGCAUCCCUGCUCUAAAUGACAGCAAAUACAUCGGGAUGAGCGUGUACAAUGUCGGCAUCAUGUGCAUCAUCGGCGCCGCGGUGUCCUUCCUCACCAGGGACCAGCCCAACGUCCAGUUCUGUAUUGUAGCGCUGGUGAUCAUCUUCUGUAGCACCAUCACUCUCUGUCUGGUCUUCGUUCCCAAGUUAAUCACCAUGAGAACAAACCCAGACGCCGCCACCCAGAACCGAAGGUUAAAGUUCACUCAGAACCAGAAGAAGGAGGACUCCAAGACCUCCACGUCCGUCACUAGCGUCAACCAGGCCAACACCUCUCGGCUGGACGGACUUCAAACCGACAACCACCGUCUGCGGAUGAGGAUAACAGAGUUGGACAAGGAGCUGGAAGAAGUGACCAUGCAGUUGCAAGACACCCCAGAGAAAACGCCCUACAUCAAACAAAACCAUUACCCGGACGCCAACAACAUCCUGAGCAUACGCAACUUCACAGAUGGCAAAGAUGGAGAGAAGUCGAUACUGAAGAAUCACCUGGAGCAGAAACCACAGGCGCACUGGGGCUCCAUGGAUCCUUCCAGAAUAAACAGAGGUCCCCUGGAGGAUAUCAACUCGCCUGAACACAUACAACGUCGACUGUCGUUGCAGCUUCCCAUCCUGCACCACGCCUACCUACCUUCCAUAGGAGGGGUUGAUGCCAGCUGUACCAGUCCUAAUGGCAGCCCUGGUUCCAGCCCAAGGCACAGACACAUGCCCCCUUCCUACCGGGUAAUGGUCUCUGGCCUGUGAGCUUCAGUCACUCCCCCACCUGGCUCUUUGCAGUGGAGACAUAUGUGGUUCUUUUUUUCUACAACAAGAGACUGAUAUCAUCAGCGUAUGUGCGUAUCUCGUCUCGGAUCGAGGAGGACAGGGGGAGAAGAGAGGGAGGGGGGGGGCAGACAAUGUACCACUCUUCACACCUCUUCACCCUGGUCUUUCUUGAGAACUGAUAUCCUCAGUCAGGAAAGGGUGGGAGGAGACAGAGUGGGUACUGGAUAACCCUUAAAAACUCCCGUGAUUAAUAUCCCCUCGUCCAUCUGCCCCACUCUUGCCUAGGCAUAUACACAUAUGCACAGUCAACCACAGAUAUAUACAAAUACACACAUGCACAAAUACAGUGACAUCCCAAUAGCAGAGCACUGGUGGACCGGCUCUAAUCUGACGUGUAGCCUUAUCUGCUUCAGAGGGGAUUGUUUGUUUCUGUUCCUUAUCUGUUACAUGUAUGUGCUUGCGGCUACAUGUGAGCUUGUCAUCUAACUUGAGUAUUUCACUGCUUCAGUGACUCGAAACAAGUUUGGAGACGUGGAAUUUGCAAAGGCCCAACAAAGCAGACCAUCUGAUUUACUGCCUGUCCCCCGUUCCAACCUUGUGCAGACAUGUAAAUAUCAUCAUUUCUGACGUUGUACAAUGUACUGUAAGCUUUGUAUAUGCUGUGAACGGACAAUGAAAUGGGUUCAAGCGCGAAGCUCGUAACAGAUGAGGGCAUAGGCAUGAAAAUUUCCAUUGAAAGCUCGUGAAACAUGGCUAUCCUUCAAAUUAGACAUGUGUGUGAGAGGGAUACAGAUUUGCUUGUGUUACUGCUGAUGAAUUAGCCUGUGAGCAACACAGCUCAAAGUCUGUGAGUCACAGAAAAUGAAAAAUGCACCAGGGCCCAUGACUUUACACUGACUAAGAUGCACAUGGCUUCCUUCUCCACUUUGCUCAAUUUGUACCACUGCUUUUCAUCCGAAAUUCCUACAUUGCAAAGGCCUUCAUCCUUUACAACCUGCUUAAUAUGUCCUCAGAAAGCAUGUUAUACAAAAUAUUGA